AUGACGGAAGUCAUCAUGUGGUGUUCCGUACCAUUGCGGACAUAUCCCGAUGAGCCCGAGGACGGCGGAGGGGGAUCCAAUACAACCUGGCCAUGGGAUGGCUUCCCCUGGACCCCCUCCAACAACUCUGCUACAUCUAUACUACCAGGAACAGGAGUAGCAGGAUCGUCAGGGAACCUGACCGGGAUCGACGCCAACUUUCUCCCGACAGCACCCAAACAUCCGUCGGUGGUGAUCAACUUUUGGUGGUUCCUCUGGUUCUACUAUGGCUUCUACAACGCCGUCGCCCUGCUGCUCAUCACAAAGAUCUUCAACAUCUACUCGCUCAAUUGGUGGCCCAAGAGACUCGGCGGGCUCACGUCGUACUUCAUCUUCUGGCUCUCGACACAGCUGAUGGGAAUCCUGGUGUAUUACUUCACCGGUCUGGAGGUCUAUCGGCUGACCUGGGUGUUCUUGACCUUCUGUACAAUGACGAUCCCGCUCUUUGUCGCCUUUUUGGUCAUCCGAUCCGAAAACAGGAACGUCUACCGACAUUCGCUCACUGUCGCACAAAAGACCUUCCUCUCGGCUUCAUCGAUCGAAUCGCGCAUCCCGGCCUCGUACACCCGAUUCCUAUGGUUCUGUGUCGCCCUCGCCAUCGUACUGAGCACCAUCGUCACAGGAGAACUCUACGCGGACCAGUACAUCCAGACAUCACGCAGCAGUGCCCAUACGACCAUCGAGGGCCUCUUUUAUGUCUACACCUGGGUCGGCACCAUCUACAUCCUCGACGCCAUCACGGACUAUAUUGUCGAGACACGAGUUCGGUCCUACCCUCUGUCGUCGAUUUUCAAGCUGUACUACUUUAUGAUCUACUUUAUCUUUUACCGCAACCUGUUUGUCCGUCUGCGGUCGUACGAACAGUUCCUGGUCAUCCAACUGGCUUCGUCGUUCUGGGUCUGCAUCUUCCAUCCGAUCUGCAUGACCCACACCGUCUACAAGACUCUUGUCUACCUCUUUGGAAUCUCGAGGACCUACGAGGAGUACAAGCGCCAAGUCGGUCGCAGUCUGUUCCUCCGCAACUUGGCCGAAAAUGUCACCAUGCUGGCUUUCCUUCUCUGGGUCAACAUUCUCUACUACGGCCCCAACGCCAAGAUCUACACGUACUUCAAGUUUGAGGACCUGAACGUCGAGUACAACCACGAUGUUACCGUCUAUGCCUCGGUCGGCAUCUGGACCAGCGAGCUGAUCUCCAACUUUAUCAACCGCAUGAUCUGUAAAAAGUACCUUGGCCACCAUGUCACCAAGGAGGCAUUGAAGGACUUUAAAGAGUACCCGGAGCUCAUUGUCGCCUUUGUCCUCGUCAUGGUCCAUAUUCUCCAGGACAUGUUGCUCUCCUUGCUCGAUCUCAACUUUGCUUAA